AUGGUCAAGAAAGCUGGUUUACGGCGGAGUUGCACCUUCUGUCGCGCACGCAAGAUCGCCUGCUCUGGCGAACCCAUCUGCGCGGCAUGUCGCGAGCGAUCCAGAGAAUGUGUCUAUGACUUGGAGAGUGCCAAGGGUCGUCCGCGCCUGGACAAGACUUUCCCAUCUAUACCGGCCGAAUCUGCCUCCAAUGCAUCCACAACCAUCAGCAUAGUGGCAGAGCUGGAUGUGAUGUUUCGCGAGGACUUCAGCGACGAUACCAUGGCCCCGUUUUCACCCAAUUUAUUCCAGGAUAGAGUGGCUACCUUCAACCGACAUCUAGUCAUGGGAGAUGACAAGGGAAAUGACAGCAAUCGUGAACCCUCCUCCUCCUCUUCCACUCCAGCAGCAGCGGGAUGCAUAAGUUACGAUGGCUUCUUGGCUCUCGUUAUGCAGGAACUGAUUGAGACCACCGCCCUCAAAUUCAGCAAUCUAGGCUGUCAUCCAUUUUUUGGACCCGGAGAGCGCUAUUACCGGGCCUCCAUGCUGCAGGAUACCACCAAGACGAUGUUCGAUAGUCCCGCGUCCUCGCUCUCUCCAUCCGCUGACCCGGAUUUCUUGACUGAGUAUAGCCCACAUCUGAUCACCCAGUAUCUCGAGGUCUGGUUUAGCAACCAUCCUCUGUCCAUUUUAGUCUCCAAGUCACUUCUCCUCCGCGACCUGCGCGGCCACAAAGCCAAUCGGAUAUUGUUGGCGAUCCUGCUGGCGGAUGCCCAUCAAUUUGCUGACGAGUCUGCCAAGGGAGAUCGCCUGGUGCAAUGGGCCAUUUCCCAAUUGUCCAGCAUUCCGGCGGGUAAGGGAGAUCUUACCACCGCGCAGAGUCUCCUGCUACUGGGCUGGUAUCAUGCCUGCCGUGGACAUGCGCGCCGGGCGAUAUGCUACGUGGGCUACGCAGGCCGCAUCCUCGUGAAGUUAAAGUGCCAGCUGUACGAAUCGUCUCUCUCUGGACAGGCACACAUCAACGGGAUUGACCUUGGCAUAGUAGAGGCAGAGUUAAUUCAUAAUGCAUGCUGGGUAAUGCUGGCCCUCGUGCUCUGGUCAUUCAUCCAGAUGGAUAUGCCUCUGUUAGAUCUUCUGCCUGGGCGACUGCUGCAAGUGCUUCCUGCUAGCUCGGAGUCAGAGUCAAUGCUGCUACGACUCGAUCGAGCAAGCGGAAAUCUCUCUAGUUUGAAGCCCCAGCUUUCCUCUCUGCAGUCGGUCUGGCUGCUGGCGCACAUCACCUCGCUAAGUGCCCACCUAUACGCCCUUUAUCCGCAGCCCACACGCGCCCCUCCUGCGCCGCAGCCAUGGCAAGAACUAAUACUGUACCGCCUCGAUCGCCUCAUGCAUCAAGGUCGCAGUUUGGCGCAGAUCUGCGCAGAUGCUCGGGAAGCUCUGCUGGACGUCGUCACGAUCGCGCAGCACGAUUUCGUCGAUGGGCGCGAUGGGCCCGCGCCCACGCUGCUUGUCUUUCACCAGGCUGUUCUUCUGCACCUGCUCUUCCCCCGCGGAGAGACCAACUGUCAUGCUCCCCACACCUGUUCUCUGAAUGAGUCGCUUUUCCAGCAACUCACAACCUCAAUACACGAUCUGGUCAAGCUAUUCCCUGCUAUUCAGAUCGCCACGCGACAACCCUUGACUCAGCCGGCCAGCAUAGGAUUCACCUCGCUUCAUCUUUAUGUUCUCAGUCUGGACGCUGCUAGCCGAGCUCUUCUGUACGUUCUCACCCUCUGGGACCGCGCCACGACAGUGGAGCAGCAGAUCUGGCAGGAUAGACUUCCAAGGCUUUUAGAGGGCGGGCUGAAGAUGUACGCUUUGUUUGAUCAUGAUACCUUGUUACAGGACCACCGAUGGCGAGCAGUGAAACGUUUCUUGAAGACCGCAUGCAGCAGACUCGAAGGGGCGAUUGCCGGCUCCCCGGAUCAGUCUUCUCAUAGUAGCUCGUCUUUCUCUACGGGACUGGACUUCAAUCUGCCUACGCAGCUGACUGCCGCAGCGGACAUUUGCAGCAUCGAAAUGGUGCCUUCCUCGACGCUCUUGCAGGUCUCCCACGACGCGGGAUUUGAGUGGCCUGACGGGCAAGACCUGGCGACUCCACAGAGACCGCCAGAGAACUCUCAAGCUGUGACGUCCGAACUGCCCGCUCUUGACCUCGCAUCUCUAAGUACUCCCAUGCCCCUAUUAUCACUAGGAUUGUCGAACUCCAUAUCCCAAAUCAGCGACAGCCAAACAUGCUGUAUGAUUCAGCAGUCAUCGCAAAAACCUAUAUCCGUCACCUCGUUCUGGGAUCAAUCGAUUCUCAGUCUGGCACACCAACAUCAUCUCGUGGACACGGUGCCGGAGCUGUCCUCAAACUCACCAGCGGAUCCGGGUAUGGCUGAGCAACGGAGACAGCGCAAGCGAUCUUCAACGAGCACCGGUGGUCUGGACGAGGUUCGGGAUAUCGAACAUGAUCACUGA